AUGUACGACGGAAAGACAUUUCAGUCCACGGCCAACAGCGACAACGGCCAGGUCUCAUCAGCCACCAUCUUCCACUACCACCAGCAGGACAGAAUUGUAUGGGCAGAGUACGCGGGAGGGUCAAUCGUUCGCGGAACUCUGAUUGCCACCGUGCGCGACGACAACAGCCUUGAUAUGCGCUAUCAGCACGUCGACACCGAGGGCAAGCUCAUGACAGGCCAGUGCGACUCAAAGCCAGAGACUCUCAACGAUGGUCGGCUUCGAAUGCAUGAAAAGUGGCAGUGGACAUCGGGGGAUGGAAGCAAGGGCGAGUCAACAAUUGAGGAGGUAAAAUCGUGA